AUGUCAGAUAUCUCAACUUCACCCUAUAUCUGCGUGCGUGAGUGGGAGGCAGCUGGUACACAUUUGGAACAGGCAUUAAUCGCCUAUCAUGAUCACUGCCAUGCUCUUAGUGCAAGACGGCUCGAAUCUGCAUCAGAUGUCUACGACAUAGUAUCUCGAAUAGAUCACAGCCUAGAAUCUUUUUACACCUCCCUAGAAAAGCAAAUUGCGCAAUCUCGUCGGACACUUGCUCUUAUACGCAACAAACUAGUUGGCCAAUUCUACACUCUCCCUGACGAGAUCUUGGUCGAGAUAUUUACACUUGUCGUCUACGAUCAAUCAGAUUCUCAUGUGCCAUUUAUAGAGGACCACAUUUCCAGGCUCUAUUGUCAGCUAAAUUCGCUGCUAGCCGUAUGCAGUGUCUGGAGGAGGGUUGGAAUAUCGCACGGGGCUCUUUGGACAUACAUUCCUAUCAUCAGCCGAAAAUCGGGAUGGCCGGGACGAUCCGUUACAGAACGGAGCUACGAUCGAGCUGGUGGCCGGGAAUUACACUUGAUAGCGAGUAUGGAGAAGGAUGUCGAUCAUGAUUUUACCGAAACCAUCAGGAACAAUUAUAGCCGCUUUCGGUCGAUAAAUAUCGUAUUUGAGAACAAGAUGCCACUGCGCCGAGGCAUUCUGCCCUUGUUCAAGCGUAAACCUGCUUCACAAGUAUUGAUUGAAUUAUCGUUAUAUCAUCUCUUGGACCCAUCAGAAGAAGUCGGCCACGACCUUCCAGAAGAGAUUACCUCUCUUACCUCUCUUCAGCCUUCAGCUCCAUUCUCGAGUUCUAUAGAUCAAACCGUCAAACAACUUCGAGUGCUGCAGCUCAAACACAUUCUUAUCCAUUGGAAACUCAUGUCUCUUCCAAAUCUGGUUGAGUUACGGAUCGACACCCGUACCAAUUCAGGUUUCGCUCCCCAACCUACAGAGGCUUUACCUCGGGGAUCUGUACGCCGACGACACCCGGCUCAUACUGGAGUCAAUCCCCCAUCCUUAUAUCAAAUAUCCCUCUUCCUUACUCAUAAGAUGAUUACCACCAUAGGUACCAGCGCUGGACAAGAAUUUAUUCAUGGCGUAGAGGAUUUAUUGCCCAUGAUCCACGGGAUGAAUGUCGAUACGCUACUCAUCCAAGGUGAUGAUAUAUGGGGGACCUGGAUCCAGCCUACUCUACUCCAGAGUCUUCUGUGUUCGUUACCCCACGUACCUGUCCUCAAGGUGGACGCUUGUAAACUCGACCAUGACAAUUUGGAAGCUUUGACCAACCGAGAAAACGACAUGAGCUUUCCCAAACUUUGCGAGCUUUACUUUAGCAAUGUCGAAGUUGAUUUCCAUACUCAGGCGCAAUUUGAAAGCUGGAAGAGAUGCAUAUCCAGCCAUCCGAUUCGGCAUAUAAUGUUUGGAUCAACGACGGUCUGCAAUCCGUCACAUCUAGCUGAACAGAAUCUCACCAGUGACUUCCCAGUUGUACAAUGGCUCAGGGAAAAGGUUCCAGAUUUUUGCCUCUUGGGUGAGAAAUACACUCCACCCGAGUUUCAAACACACCAUUGGCAGAUGUGGUAG